CUCAAACUUUCUGCACCCUCGCAGAAAGAUUCCGAGGUCCACCGAGUUGCGAUUCGCGUACAUCAUUUCCACAAAGGUGCAACUGCUACGGCGCCAGAUCCAUCGCCGCGGUCCAGCCCGAGGCUGGAUGCUACUAUCUUCCAAGCUACAGCGAUGCGCACAGACGUUCAGCCGCAAACUAGCGCUGCCACGAUCUUAGCCUACGCCACCGGAUAGUCUACUCCUGAAUGCUUGAUCUUCGAGGGGUUUGUGGGGAAGAUAUAUGAUCCUGGUUUUCCAUUGAAGUCUUAUCUUUUUCUUCAGCCAUUGCUUUCGGGUUGCUCGUCGUUCUUUUCCACACUCAUUAUCAACAUGAAGUCCGCUCUCCUCGGGGCAGUAGGCCUCUACGCCAUCACUGCGUCGGCGCUUCCCGGCCAAGCGCAAUGCCCAUCCGUAGAGCCAAUCACGGUUACAGCGGCGCAGACACAAACACAGACGAUCGUUCAGAUGAGCACAGUUGUCGACGUCAGAACGACAACCGUCCGCAUCACCCCCACCAUCCAGACCCAGACUUUGACACUCCCGGCACAGCCUGCCACCCUGACGCUGUCGGGCCAGCAGCAGCCGACUACCGUCACUUUGCCGGGUGAAGUGCGCACCGUCACGGUGCCUGUGCAGGUAUUGGCGCCGGAGACUGUUACCAUCCCAUCCCAGCCGAAGACGAUUACACUUCCUGCGGAGAUUAGGACUGUGACUGUAACUGCUAAGACCCAGGCGCAGCAGUUAGCUGGGGGUGUUGUCCAGCCUCAGGCUAGCGCCCAAAGUGCUCAGCCACCGCAGCCGGCUGUCCAGAGUGCGCAGGUCCAAACAGUCGUGCAGCCUGCCCAGACCCAGACCGUCACUCAGAGUGGCCAAACUGUGACAGUCACCCUGCCUGCCCAAAUGCAAACUGUCACCUUAACUGCCCAGGCGCAGCAAUCGUCCGGCCAGGGUGCGCAGAUCCAGACAAUCGUGCAGGCCCCGCAGACGCAGACCGUCACACAGAGUGGGCAGACCGUGACGGUCACGCUGCCCGCACAGACUCAAACGGUCACUCUGACUGCCCAGGCUAGCAGCCAAGGCUCCCAGACGCAGCAGUCGUCUGCCCAGAGCGCGCAGGUGCAGACGAUUGUGCAGCCCGCUCGAACGCAAACUAUCACGCAGAACGGCCUGACCCGCACGGUCACCCUGCCGGGCCAGACGACGUUCGUCACGUUGCCUGCGUCGGCGACCACGACUGUCACGUUGCCGCUCACUACCGUGACGCUCGGUGCUCAGCCUUCUGCGUCGACUGAUGCGGUUUCGGACGCGGAGGCUUCUGCUUCGACGGCUGUUGGAAGCGGAACUUCCUCUGUUACGGGAACGUCGGCUGCUAGCGCUGGUGCGUCUGCUACUGGCUCUGCUUCUACAGCAUCUUCUGCGGCGUCUACGGAUUCUGCGUCUACCGUCACUGGCACUUUGACUUCUUCGGACGCCACCACUACCGCCGAUGCUUCUACAACGGCCACGGAUGCUUCGGCUUCUGCGGCUUCUACAACGUCUGCUGCCACUACCGAUGCCUCCACUGUCACUGAUUCCUCGACCACGGAAACUCCUGACUCCACUGGAACUGCCACAACGACUGAGUCUUCUGCUUCAACUGCUACUGAUGCAACGAUUGCGGGUACUACCGAAGCUGCCACCACUACCGAUGGUACUUUGACUGAUGUCCCUACUACCACCCAAGCUUUGACUACGGAUGCAGCCACUGCUACUGAUUUUUCUACGGCUGAUGCUUCCACCACGGAGACUGCAUCCCCUGACGCAUCUGCUACUGCCACCGAAACCUCCAUUGACCCUUCUGCGACGGAUUCAGCUUCUGCCACUGCGUCCACGGAAGCGACCACAACGAAUGAUGCCGACGCCACUACCACCACUGACACUGCCGAUGCAACCUCGUCCGCCGCGGACGACAACAACAUGUUCGUUAACCCCGGGUUCGAAGACGGCUCGGCGUCUUGGCUCAUCACGACCACCGGCCAAGCCAGCGCCACUCUCGCCAGCCCACCCAACGUGCGCUCAGGCAACGGUGCAAUCCUCAGCGACAACUACAGCAGCGGCAACGUCGUCGUUAGCCAAGCUGUGCCAGAUCUCCUCUCGACGAAGACAUAUGCGCUCUCCUUCUACUACAACAUGGACAGCAACCUGGAGUGCUCGUUCUCGGCUGGCACGGACACUGAAAUAUCGGUUGACACGGAGUUGACUGCUACCAGAGGCGCGUAUGUGUACUGGUUUGGAACCAUACGGCCGAGGGUGGCGGAUACAAGCGUUAUCAUGACUUAUACUUGCCAAGUGGCGGAUGGGAAGACAGACGGGCGUAUCAUUUUGGAUGAUUAUAAGCUCGUUCCGUAUGUUUUGGAAUCCUCGGGGACACAGCAGAGGUAGAGGGCGAUUUAAGGAGAGCUUUUAAGGAUUCCCUCGUCCGUGGAUAAUGUAUGAUACCUACUAAUGUACAUGG